GUGUAUGUUUCCACCUGAUUGGAGUAGAAAUACAGUAGCUAGCGAGGUGGGUGGGACCUGUAGGAAUAUCUAUCUCCUAUUGCUGUCAGAUCUUUCACUCUUGGACCGUUCGUCCCAUUGGAAAUCGAGGUUUGAGGAACUUGGCUUCUCCAUUCAGCUUUAGCUAGCAUCUUCAUCUCUACCUCCGCAAUGGCGAAAAGCCCAGUCCGAGCCGCUGGUGUCCCCCACCCCUACUGGCCGCGGGACCUGUCCAUCCCAGGCUACGUGGCCAACGAUAGGUCAAUGCAUGAGAUCCUGUCCUUUCUGUUCUCUGUGUCGGGUCUCUUCAUGCUGUCCAGCUGGGUCCUGACGGGCCGGGAGUGGGCCAGGGAUGGCCAAGGUCAGGGGUUCGGCGUGGCCAGGCGGCUGGCUAUCUGCUGGUUUGCUGUCUGUGGGUUCAUCCACGGGGUCAUUGAGGGAUGGUUCUCUCUCUAUUAUGACAUCAUCCCCUCAGACCAGAGCUUCCUGUCUCAGCUGUGGAAGGAGUACUCCAGAGGAGACAGCAGAUAUGUCAUAGCUGAUAACUUCACGGUGUGUAUGGAGACAGUAACAGCCUGGUUCUGGGGUCCAUUCAGUUUGUGGACGGUGUUUGCCUUCCUGGCCAACAAACCAUACCGCUUUGUCCUGCAACUGAUUGUCUCUCUUGGUCAGCUGUAUGGGGCGGUCCUGUAUUUUUACACAGAGCACCGUGAUGGUUACAGCCACAGUCAGAUGGGACAUCCUCUGUACUUCUGGUUCUAUUUUGUCUUCAUGAACGUCCUCUGGAUCAUCAUUCCUCUGGUCCUCAUACUGGACGCAUGGAGACACAUGCAGCAGGCCCAGACACACACUGACCUGGCCCAGAAGGAGAAGAUGAACUGAUGAGAGGAAGGGGGGGUGUAACAAAGGAUCAUAUAACAAUAGCUUGAUUGAGAAAGGGAGAUAUUUUAGCGCUGUUGAACAGAACUCUGAAUAAUAAUACUAAUAAUGUGUAAACUGACCAAACAAAACAAUGUUGAGAUGCACUGUAUCAUGUGUGUGUGGAUUGUAUAGAAUCUUUUCCAUUAUGCAAUGGGCCUUUUCCCUUUUUCUAAACUGAUUAAACACAUGAAGACAA